CGGGUUGCCCUCGAAACCCGCACGAAUCCGAUGGUUAUGCGGCUAGGCAAACCCGUGUGUGUGUGUGGAAAACACUGCAGCCUGUCGUCUCAGUGCGGAAAGGGGGAAAACAGGAAACAUAAGUCGAACUGCACCCAGCUCAGGAUCGUGCAAAAAGAAGUUUUGUCGUCGCCGCGGAAAACUCCGAGUUUUUUUUGUGUGCGAAAGGAUACACGCACGUCGUGUGGUGUUCGAAAACGAAAGGUGUGCUACUUGGCGACAAAGCAAGCAUGCCAACAGCAGCAGCAGCAGCAUAACCCCUGCACUAGGCCCAGGAGUCAAGGCCUACCUUGUUCUUGUUGUGUGGUUUUCGCAGGCUGAGGGGCGCGCUUAAGAUGUAGCAUACUUUGUUCUGUCCUAGUUCCUGGACCGUAUGUGCGUGUGUGACUGGGGUCAUCGCUAUCCCUAGUGCUUGUUAGUUUUCCCUUCAAUCCAGUGCAGUACACCGUGACUCCGUGCAAAGGCGGUGUGAAAGGCGGCGGCGACACACCGCACGCAUCACGCUACGGGCACGCGCGGCACAGAAAAAGACAGAAGGCGAAGGAGAGUGGGACAGCUGAUCCAAUCCUUGGCCGUCGUGCGAGUCGUUCAAGGGAAAGGAUCGUGCGAAGCACGCAUAAAGCAAAAACCCCAACGAGUGAGCGAGAACGCCGUGUUAUGAUACGGCCUGGUACCAAGGCCAGGUAGGCUCGGAAGCAAGCAGGCAGGCAGAGGUAGUGGGGUGAGCGCGUCGCGAUUGUCUCUGGCGGCGGUCGUCUUCUUCCUUGCGAACCCGUUAGUCGCGCCGGUAACCACCACCCGCCCGAGACGAUUAGAAGAAGGCAAACAGAAGCGCCGUUCGUCCCGUGUGUCUUCCUCCCUCUCGGGGGUCCUCGGAGGUGCGGCCGACUUGAACGCGGAAUCUCCCUCGCAGCCGCAGAUUGGGUGUGCCCGCCGCUGCGAUUGCCGAAUAGUUGAAAGUCGAUGGCCGCAACCGAUUCCGUGUGCUGUGUUUGUGUGUCCGUACGUGCGCGAGAACGGCACGGAAAGGUGCAAUAAUCAGUGGUGCGGAGUGCGUGUGUGCGGCGGAUUCGUUCUUUGGCUAUUUUCGGCCAUUCUGGGGCCGGCCGCACCGUCUUCACAUAUCUCCAGAGUGCGUGGGGAGAAGGGAAGAGAGUGCGAGAGAGCGUUUUCUGCGUGAUUCACCCCAAAAGUACGUGUCUCGUUGUGUUUGUGCGUGUACGUGUGCGCGCGCGUGUGCCCGUUGCAGGUAUUUCCUCAAAUCGGCCACACGAUAAUAGUGCCGUGCCGUCGUGCCGUGUGACCGGUGAUAGUGGAUGGUCGGGGUUAGAUUGCCUUCUCGCAAAGUGUUCCAGAAGGGGUAUGGCAUGCCGGCCGGCCUUCGGUGGCGUGCUGCUGGUGCUGGGUUUCAGCAAGUGAUGCUAGGAAAGGAAAGUGGUUUAGUAUCACACUAAACACCACCCAGCGAUUGUGGGGAGUGGCCGAAAGAUCAAUAAGAACAGGCGUGUUAAGGAGAGAAGGAGUUUCACAAUAAAGCAUCUCGCCAUCAUCCCCCAAGAACGGCAGCAGCCGGUCGCAUAAGAUGUCAACUUCAUCGGAAAGAGUGGAAUGGGUGGAAAUCAUCGAGCCCCGCACGAAGGAACACAUGUACGCCAACCUAACCACGGGCGAAUGUGUCUGGGAUCCUCCGGAGGGUGUCAACAUAAAGCGAACCGAUGCGUCGCAGUGGUGGGAGCUGUUCGAUACGAAUACCUGCCGGUUCUACUACUACAAUGUCGCCUCACAGAAGACGGUGUGGCACCGGCCGCAGAACUGUGAUAUUAUCCCGCUGGCCAAGCUGCAAACGCUGAAGCAGAAUACGGAUCCGGGUGAACGGAAGGAAGCGACUCUUCCGCACCAUCACCACCACCAUGGCCAUGGUCAUCACGGUGGUAGUGGUAGCAGCAGCGGUGGUGGUGGUGCCGCCGGUCUCGGCAGCUUAGGUUCCAUUGGUUCCAGCAAGCACGGUGGUAGCGGAACGGUAGGCAAAUCCUGUGGCCACCGUACCACGACGGGCGUAACGGAUUACCGGGAUCGCGAUCAUCAUCAUCGUAGCUCGAGCUCCGGCCAUCGGCGUGGCGGCGCUGGUGCGGGUGGAGCGUUGGAUCAUCGUAGCAACAGCGAACUCUUGGCGAGCCCACAAGGACGGCACAGUCUGCAGCAUAGUUACCGGAUGCUGCAGGAAAGCUCCAGCUCACACAACAUUCCCCAUUCGGUGAUAGUUCCUUCACCCUCGAACACUUCGGCCUCGGCGAUCAGCAGUAGCGAGAAGCUGGCCACGCUGUCCUCGCUGCAUCACUCUUCCGCCCUGCCACCGCCACACCAGAUGCUGUCCUAUUCGGUCUCGAAUUCGUCCGACCUCGGUGCCGGUGGUGGUAGUCUCUCCUCGCCAUCGCACUCGCUGAGCACGCCACAGUUCAAGAAAAAGUUUGGUCACGGCGAUGGCAGCUCGUCCCGUUCGUCCUCGAAGGAGGAUGGAAGAGCCGCCAACCUUGGCGUAGUAGUGGGCGCCAUGGUGUCCAAGCAUGAAAGCUUUGAUUACGGUGGUAAUCCUGGGGCUUCGAUUGCCCUAACACGCUCUGGGAGCUUCCUGUCGUCGGCCGGCAUCACCAGUACGGGCAUCAGUGGAUCUAGUGGCCUUGGUACACCGACUUCUUCCCGACCAUACGCAGCGGGUCCGACCGGUAGCGGUGGUAGUCACCAUUCAUCCUCUGCUGGUUCGCAUCGAAAGGGCAGUUUCGAAGGAAACGGUGGUAGUGGUACGGGUGCAGCUACCGGUGGAGGCGCUGGUCCAGGUGGUGGAGCUGGAAGUGAUGAUUCGAUGCACGAGAAGUACUUCAAAUCGGUGGAAAACACUCCGCUUAGCAGGAGACGCCACUCGUCGGCUUCCAAAUCGCCCUUGCAGCAGCAGAAGCAGUCGAGCGAUUCUAGUCCGCAAAGCCCACUCAGUCCACCCCAGCAGCAGCAGCAGCAACAGCAAUCCACCAAGGUGCAGCGUCCAUCGGCGCUCUCGGUUGAGCUGGGUGCAACAGCGCCUUCCGGUGGUAGUUACCAAGCCCAGGCAAACAGCAAAUCUAGUCACAAAGGUAGCAACGACGACAGCGAACGAUACUGCAAUGUGUUGAUGGAAGCUGGUGGAUCAGUCGGGGUGGCCGCAGAUCGCUAUCUGGACAAGGUACGGCUUGAUCAGCGCGCAGCCGGAAAAGUGUCGCCCGGUGCUGUAUCCUUGGGAGGCAAACAGUCACCUUACCCGACCGGCGGUAUCGGAUCGACAGCCUCGUCCUCUAGUCAUCUGUUCGAUUCGCAACCAGCUGCGGCCGCCCCGAUCGGUGGCAAAACCAAACACCAGCCAGCGGGCACUGAUAUCAGCAAUGCCACGACGGCAGCUGCUAGUGGAAAGGAUCAGUUUUCCCUUAAUCUGAAUCAACCGAAUCUCGAACGGCACAACAAAGAAAUGGGCGCACUACGGCAGCAACAGCAGCAGCAGCAGCAGCAUGAACCAUCGCAGCUCGAGAAAAAGUCUUCGGGUUCGACACAAACUGUCGCUUCGAACAGCUCCUCGACGGCUGCAAAGCAUGGUAAAAAGUCACGUAACUAUAACAACCAUAGCCACCAGCAAGGAGGAGGCGGUGGUGGACCGGGUGCUGGCACCGGUUUUGAUUUCGAUUACGACAAUGGCAACACAUCACCACUGUACUGCAACUGGGAUAAGGAGAUGCAGGAACAUUUGCUUCCUCUGCAGCACUACAUACUGGAACAGGCAAAACUGUCCGGUUCGUACGGUUUCGGGGAGCUCGAUUCGGAUUCGUUCCACUCGGAUAGUCAAUCUGAACAUUCGUUCUCGGGCCACGAACCGGACAAUGAGGACUCUGACCAUUCCGAUGGUCACGGUGACUACUUGGCGCACUAUCCGUACGAAGAGUACGGCACCCGGCAUGCACCGGAUGGUGGCGUGUCGUACUACAACUUCGAGUUCAGUUUUGGUGAUCGCGAUGAGAAAGAGGACAUAUCCGAAGAAGUAACGGCCAAGUUGGAAAGCAUCCCCGAUCAAAUCUACAGCCCGGUGAAGAACCAUCCUCCGUUGCACAAGUUUUCGGCCGGAGUAUACCCGGGCUUCAAGCACGAUUCGGGGGCCACCGAUGCGGUUGAUCGUGGAGGAGACACUGGACGACCGGGAGGAAUGGGAACUAUUGGUUCCAAAACGUCCUACCUGCAGCAAAUGGCCAGUCAACAAUUGUUGCAGCAUGGCAUCGGUGGCCAGCAUCAGCCACAGCAGCAUCCGCAGCAGCAACAGGCGCCACCUCAAAAGCUUAACAAAGCCACGCUUUUGCAGCGCUUUCAGGAUAAUCUCUCGCUCGGACCGAGCCCGGUGCCGGGUAAGAUAGCGGAAAUGGCCCUACUGAAAGAGUGCGAUAUUGAGAAGUUCGCCCAAGACAACCUGAACCUGCACUCGAAGGGUAUCUUCCGAAAGAAGUCCUCCGUGCGCGAUAUGCUCAUCUGGACCUCGAAUGCGAUCAGCCGACCGAUGUUGUCGUUGGCGCGCGAUAAGGCAGGCAAAAAGAUGGCGACGGAUCUGUUCAAGCUGGUGCAAAUCUACAUGGGCGACCGAAAGGCCCGCCUAGGCAUGAGUCUCAACUCGGUCGCAAUCGAUAUCGUGACGAUGGCGAUGGCACAGUCGCAGCUGCGUGACGAGCUGUAUAUUCAAAUAUGCCGUCAGACGACGGAAAACCCAAGUCGUGAUUCACUGAUGCGUGGCUGGGAGCUGAUGGCGAUCUGUCUCUCGUUUGUGCCGCCAUCGCCCACGUUUCAGCCGGCACUGCUGGGCUAUAUCAAUCGGCACCGGGAUCCCUCAUUUGCGACCAGUUUCCCGGAAGUAGGCAAGUGGCCGAUACAUGUACAGAUCUCGCACUACGCAACGAUCGCCUGUCGGCGGCUGGAUCGAAUUGGUAGUUCCGGUCGGAAGCAGGCCAAACGCCCCUCGGAGGACGACAUCAAUCAGGCACGGGAACAGAUUUUCCGUGACAGCAUGUUUGGCAACACACUGCAGGAAGUGAUGGAACUUCAAAAAGAACGCUUCCCCGAUCGGAAGCUACCGUGGAUCCAGACCACGCUCUCCGAACAAGUGUUGCUGCUCAGCGGAAAGCAAACUGAAGGUAUCUUCCGCGUGCCGGCCGAUGUGGAUGAGGUCAAUAUGCUGAAAAAUAGGAUCGAUCGUUGGGAGUUUCCGGAAAACAAGGGCACAAUGGAUGCUCAUGCUCCCGCUAGUUUGCUGAAGCUAUGGUAUCGUGAGCUGUACGAUCCAUUGAUUCCGGACGAGCUGUACGACGAGUGCGUUCAGACAGAGGAUCCAGCAGAAGCGGCAGCCAUCGUGGAGAAGCUACCAAAGAUUAAUCGAUUGGUUCUUACAUAUUUAAUACAUUUCCUGCAACAGUUUUCGCUGCCCGAUGUGGUCGCUAACACCAAGAUGGAUUCGUCAAAUUUGGCGAUGGUAUUUGCACCAAAUCUACUACGCUGCCAGUCGCAGGAUCCAAAGGUGAUCCUCGAGAACGCCCGCAAGGAGAUGACGUUCAUGCGCACACUGAUUCAGCACAUGGACACAGCCAGUGUGGCACACAUGGUUUGAGGAACGUAUAG